AUGGAGUGGGCAAAUAAUGGUGGAGAGCCAUAUGAUCCCCGCGCUUCUGCGAACAGUACUUCAAUGGGACAUCAAGCAAAUCGCCCAGGUCCUUCUUCAGAAGACAUUCAGAUCGGACCUACAGUAGAAUGUAAUGCUGAUGUUCGAGUUUUGGCUCAAAGCGUGGACAUCUCGCAUAUCAGUUUUGUAGAAGAAUCUUUCCGCGUUCAUACGGAAAUCACUAUCAUUCCUCUAUUACCUGAUAUCACUGUUAUUCCAUUACAUAUCGGACAAUAUGCGCUGCUUCCGAGUGAAGUACCACAUGAUAAGAUUGGCAAAGUUACUGUAAAUGGUUAUGAAGCGACUUAUGACAGGAGGUUUCCGUUCUACAAUAGUUUUAGAGGAUCCAACAAUGGAAACAUGCAAGACCUUUUCAGAUGCUUCGGAAGCAACAUGCGUAAUGAUGAUUCCCAAUUACAUAUAAUAAUCCCCUCAGAAGUCUGCACUAAAUCUAAACUAAUGUCGUCUUUAGUAGUCUGUGUUGAUGUGCUAGUUAAAAGACCCAAAACUGGUGUUCAAUUUGCUUAUUCUCAUGGAAGAGAUGGAGCAAUGGAGAAGGGAGCUCAUGUUUUCACUUACAGAAGUGCUUUGUUAUCUGCUACACAUGAAUGGCUUCCUUGCCUUGACGCUCCUGAUCAAUUAGCUCUGUGGAGACUGAGUAUUACUUGUGACGCCAAUUGCACUGCAGUUACGAGCGCUGAGUUACUUGAUGUUGUUUUCACUGCAGACAUGAAGAAAAAGGUGUAUCAAUAUCAACAAGCUGUUCCGACAUCCGCGUGCAACAUGGGAUGGGCAGUAGGAAACUUUGUUACGUUCGGUCAUCCCGAUAUAACUGAGGUUACUAGUUUCUGCUUACCGGGUCUAACAUCUCUCAUGAAACAUACCGUCUCUCCGUUGGAUAAAAUCUUAGAAUACUUUGAAGAACUUUUAUCGUGCAGAUAUCCAUUCCCGUCCUAUAAGCAAGUUUUCGUAGACAAGGCUCCUGAUCAGGUUACAUCUUAUAGCAGUCUCACAAUCUUCUCUGUGAAUGUUUUGUUCCAUAAAAAAGUUAUCGACGUUGUACAGGAAACAAGAGCUCAUAUAGCUGUUGGUGUUGCUCAACAGUUUUUCAGUUGUUUUAUCGGACCAACGCAUUGGUUGGAGUGGUGGGUACCGAAAUCCUUAGCCAGACUGAUCUCAUCUUUGUAUAUAGAAAAAGUAUUCGGAAACAGUGAAUUUAUGUAUCAAAUUAAAAAAUAUAUGUCGGAAGUAAUUGAUUAUGAAUCUCAAUGGGGGAAGAUAUAUCUUCGGUCUCAAAAUAAUAAUGUUCAACGUACUAACCUCCAUUGUGAUCCACGAUUCGAACAAACUUGCUCACCUCUCUAUGCUGAAGCUUCUUGGAAGAAAGGAUUACUCACACUAAGAAUGUUAUUGAAAAGGAUUGGACAAGAACCAUUUUUCCAAGUACUGCACAAGAUUCUCACAGUUGGUCAUCAAUGUAGCGAAAGAAGGGAUAAACCAGCAUCCUGGUCUCAUUUGGUUUUAUCUACAGACUCUUUUUUCCGUACAGUUACUAGUGUGACGGGUAAUGAAAUACCCACCUUUGUGGAGCAAUGGAUAUGCGCUGGAGGUCAUGCCUCGUUUCAGUUGCAAUACACUUUCAAUCGCAAAAGGAAUAUGAUUGAACUAGAAGUGAAGCAGGAUGUUAAUGAGGGAAACGGAAGGUUGAGGUAUUUAGGACCUCUUAUUGUUGUUGUGCAAGAGCUCGAUGGUUCAUUCCAACAUACUGUACAGAUUGAUGGAGAUGUCUCUAGGUCUGAUUUGCAAUGUCAUUCUAAAGGAAGACGUCAGAAGCGAAAAAAAGUUCCUCUCUAUACUGGUGAAGAGGUUGAAGUUGAUUUGUCUAAUAUGGAUCCGGAUUCGCCCGUGUUAUGGAUAAGAGCUGAUCCAGAGCAUUUGCUUCUACGUCAACUUCUUAUUCGACAACCUAUAUACCAAUGGGAAUACAUGCUAAAGUAUGAGAGAGACGUUAUUGCUCAGUUAACGGCUCUCGAUCAUGUUCAACAAUUUCCAAGUGCUCAGAGCAGAGCUGUGCUUCUCGAAAUCAUAGCAGGAGAUCACUUUUUCUAUCGAGUUCGCUGCAAAGCUGCUUAUUCCUUAUCCGCGGUUCUCAAUAGGAUGACAGAGGCUUGGUCUGGACAACCAGAUUUGAUAGAUAUGUUCAAGAAACAGUACGGGUCAAAGUCUUGUUCUCAGAUUCCUCGACCGAACAAUUUUGUAGCAACUUCUCAGAAUCUCCAGCAUUAUUUCUUAAUGCAGGCUCUACCUCAAGCUGCGGCUAAUAUGCGGAAUCAGGCAGGAUCAUGCUUAAGCGAAGUUAAAGAUUUUAUCAUUGACCUGAUUAAGUUUAAUGAUAAUUCCACGAACAGAUAUUCCGAUGAUCACUAUAGAGCAGCUCUACUCAAAGCUCUUUCUAAUACUAUUGUUCCUUCCCCAAAUCUCUCAUCAACCUUAUCGCCAGGAGAGCUAUCGGCAGAUACAGUUAAAGCUCUACAGGAGUUGACAUUGGCUCUCAAUAUGGACACAUUAAAACCUAGCUAUGGAAAAAUCGUUGGAAUAACAGCUCUGAAUGGAAUAUAUGCGUUGCAAAGGAAUAAUUACAUUCCACACGAUUCGAAAAUCUUUUGGAUGUUCGCAGCGCCGAAAAUUUGCGUCCAGAUGCGAAUAGCAGCUCUCACGAUAAUUGUGGAUAGAAUUGCUAAUGUGAAGGAGAAGUCCGUACAUGACGAUUUAGAGAAGAUACUAUCAAUGGCUGAGAGAGAUCACGAUCCUGCUGUUAGGAUUUUCAUCCCAUAUCAACUCACUCAAGUUCCUCCUUUCCGUACUAGCAAUAACUCGGAUUAUACAACAGCAAACCCUUGUAAUACAGUCCAAGUUGCUGAUCUAAUAUUCCGAUUAAUUCAUAAGUCUGAGGAUAUACGCGCAAAGAUGCUUUUCGCUGAUCUCUACUUCUCUUUGUAUGGUUUAGCUGUUCCUCCAGUCAAAGGCGGACCUGCAGUUGCUCCUGGUCAUCACAGGUUAUACACGGGUAGUAGCGCCGUGAGCGGUUUCCUUUCGAGCACUUUGGAUGAUGACCGACCAGAUUCUCCCCUAAGAAAUCAGGACUCCCUUAUGGAAGACAUGCUGCAGUAG